UCGGAGCCGACUGCCGAUCUUUCACCUCGAAAAGCAGUGGGCUCGCGGCGUCGAGCGGCUUUACUACGUCCGGAUGCUAGUACGUUACGAGCACCCUGACGUCAAUCAAUCACGACUGCAGGAGGUGGUGUUGAUCGCAAACAAUUUCUGACCUGCCACUGUGGGUGUGGUGACGGCUGUACUUGGUAAAGAUGCUCACACGCAUGCUCUGACUGCCAGUUCCUGUGCAGUAUUUCACAACCAGGCUGCAGGAGACGUGCAUGUUGUUGUCAGUUUUCACAAGGCAAUAACAUUUUACUGCGUUGUUUGUGUCUUGAAUCGUCAACCGUGUGUUCUUUGCAUACAACAAACAGCAUUCUCAGCAACAUGGCGGGCAUAUCGAGGGUGUUUUCCCGGCCGACGGCCAAGCCGUACCGCAGCCAUCACAUCCGGUACUCUGUGGAAAACCCGCCGACUCUGGACAAGGAUGGCCACCUCGCCUUCGACGAGGGUGACGUCGAGAACCCGCAGAACUGGUCCAUGGCGCGGCGGGCGUACAUCACCAUCUGUGUGGUCCUACUGGUCGUCAACGCGACCUUCGCCUCGUCCAGCCCCUCGGGCUGCAUCGAGAGCAUCAGCGAGUGGUUCGGCGUCUCCAGCGAGGCGGCCGCCCUGACCGUGACGCUCUUCCUGCUCGGCUACUGCGCGGGACCCUUGGUAUUUGCGCCGCUGUCCGAGUUCUACGGCCGGAGGAUCAUCUUCUACGUCACCUUCCUCUCGUACAUCGCCUUCAACAUCCUGUGCGCCUUUGCGCCGAGCUUUGGCAGCCUGCUGGUCGGCCGCUUCCUCUCUGGCACCUUUGUCAGCGCGCCGCUGUCCAACUCGCCCGGCGUGCUGGCCGACGUGUGGAACCCCAUCGAGCGCGCCAACGCCAUGGCCGGCUUCAGCCUCAUGGUGUGGGCGGGACCGGCGCUGGGCCCCGUCAUCAGCGGGUUCCUCCAGCUGACCAAGGGCGUCGAGGGGUGGAAGUGGAGUUUCUACGUCUUGUUGAUGCUGUCUGCCUUCUCGGCCAUCUUCUUGUUCACCAUUCCUGAGACGUACGCGCCGGUGCUCCUGCAGAAGAAGGCGAGGCGGAUCCGAAAGGCCAAGAUCCCCGGCUACGAGCAUGUCAAAGCGCCGCUCGAGACGACGAACCAGACGCUGGUGCAGGUCUACAAGAUCGCGCUGACCAGGCCGUGGAUCAUCUUGUUCGACACAAUCAGCUUCCUAUGCGCCAUAUACCUGUCAGUCGUGUACUUGCUUCUGUACAUGCUCUUCUCGAUCUACCCUAUCGUCUUCCAACAGAUGCGAGGCUGGAACUCGGGCGUGGGCGAGCUCCCGCUCAUCGGCACCGUGGUUGGCGCGGCUCUCGGAGCUUUGAUCGUCGCGAUCGACUCACGCAGCCAGAACAAGAAGGUCCAGGCUGGCUUCAAGCCGGAGCCAGAGAAUCGACUCAGCCUGGCCAUGUACGGUGGCGUCGGAUUCGCGGCAAGCAUGUUCUGGCUGGCAUGGAGCGCAAACUUUAACUAUGUACACUGGAUCGUACCGACACUAGCGGGCGUGUUCCUUUCGGCUUCGAUGCUGCUAAUCUUUGUAUCCUUCUUGAACUACCUAGUCGACACCUACCUCAUGUUUGCUGCCUCGGCCAUAGCCGCAAACACGGUGCUGCGAUCGGCAGCGGGCGCAGCCGCCCCGCUGUUCACAAAGCAGAUGUUCGGCGCGCUCGGGAUUGGGGGCGGCGGCUCACUGGUGGGCGGGGUUGGCGCCCUCCUGGCAGUCAUCCCGUUCGCAUUCUACAAGUACGGGAGGAAGAUCCGGGAGAGGUCCAAGUUCGCACCCACGGAGGACAAGGACGACGGCCAGCAUGACCCGACCGAUGAGGCUGAGAAGGGAGCUGCGGGAGCUGGUGACGGGGCGGCCGGGGCGCAGUCGAGUGACACCCAGAGCAUAGAGGGCACGCGCGAGGGGGAGUCAGAGGAGGAUAAUGACAUUCGGGAACAUGGAAAAUAGAAAGUCUUGCUGUAUUUUGCAUAUACCAGGGAGGAAUCGGCGGUAGACGCCUGCCCAGGUGGGCGGGCAUAGAGAUUGCACAUGGUUGUUCGUUGGCUUAUUACAGCAUAGCGGAUUGUAUUUCACAUAGAUUUAUUUCAGUAA